CCGGAGCGUUUUCCCCCGGCCGGCGCUCAGCUGGGGCGGAGGAAGAGGCGGCCUGGGCCUGCCGAGCUGUUGCAGUCUUCGCGGCUGCUAUGUCCAGGGUGCACGGUGCCCUCCGCAGCUCCGUGCAGCGCUAGAGGCGGCCGAGCGCCCGCCGACGCCGCCCAGAUUCCCGGUGCCACCGCUCCUCCGCUCCUCCACUCCCGCAGCUCCCGCUGCUCCUCCGGCGUCGCUUGCGAGGCCAGGCGGAGGAAAGAUGAAGAUGACGGUGGAUUUCGAGGAGUGCCUGAAGGACUCGCCCCGCUUCAGGGCUGCUUUGGAAGAAGUAGAGGGAGAUGUGGCGGAGUUGGAACUAAAACUCGAUAAGCUCGUGAAGCUCUGUAUCGCGAUGAUCGACACUGGCAAAGCCUUCUGUGCGGCCAAUAGACAGUUCAUGAACGGGAUCCGAGACCUAGCACAGUACUCCAGCAGCGACGCUGUCGUCGAGACAAGUUUGACCAAGUUUUCUGACAGUCUUCAAGAAAUGAUAAAUUUUCACACAAUCCUGUUUGAUCAAACUCAGAGAUCAAUUAAGGCACAGCUUCAGAACUUCGUUAAAGAAGAUCUUAGAAAAUUCAAAGAUGCCAAGAAACAAUUCGAAAAAGUCAGCGAAGAAAAGGAAAAUGCACUAGUGAAAAACGCCCAAGUUCAGAGAAACAAGCAGCACGAAGUGGAAGAGGCCACAAACAUCCUCACCGCCACGAGGAAGUGCUUCCGGCACAUAGCCCUCGACUAUGUCCUUCAGAUUAAUGUGCUUCAAUCAAAGAGGAGAUCAGAAAUCCUGAAAUCAAUGCUGUCCUUCAUGUAUGCACAUCUGGCCUUCUUCCACCAAGGCUAUGACCUGUUCAGUGAGCUCGGGCCCUACAUGAAAGAUCUUGGAGUGCAGUUGGAUCGACUGGUUGUAGAUGCUGCAAAGGAGAAAAGAGAGAUGGAGCAAAAACAUUCUACUAUCCAGCAGAAGGCUGCAUUACAGGACUUCUCCAGUGAUGACUCCAAGCUGGAGUAUAAUGUCGAUGCUGCGAAUGGCAUCGUCAUGGAAGGGUAUCUCUUCAAGCGAGCCAGCAACGCCUUCAAAACGUGGAACAGGAAAAAACCCGAUCAUAUCAGACGCUGGUUCUCCAUACAGAACAAUCAGUUGGUUUACCAGAAAAAGUUCAAGGACAGCCCCACGGUGGUGGUGGAGGACCUCAGGCUGUGCACGGUGAAGCACUGCGAAGACAUAGAGCGGCGGUUCUGCUUCGAGGUGGUCUCUCCAACAAAAAGUUGUAUGCUCCAGGCAGAUUCUGAAAAGCUUCGCCAGGCCUGGAUUAAGGCUGUUCAGACCAGCAUUGCCACUGCGUACAGAGAGAAGGGCGAUGAAUCAGAGAAGCUGGAUAAGAAAUCAUCUCCAUCAACGGGAAGCCUAGAUUCUGGAAAUGAGUCAAAAGAGAAAUUAUUGAAAGGAGAGAGCGCCCUGCAGCGUGUGCAGUGCAUCCCUGGCAACACCAGCUGUUGUGACUGUGGGCUGGCAGACCCACGGUGGGCCAGCAUCAACUUGGGCAUUACCUUGUGCAUCGAGUGCUCUGGGAUUCAUCGGAGUCUUGGGGUUCAUUUUUCGAAAGUACGGUCUUUAACGUUAGACACUUGGGAGCCUGAGCUUUUAAAGCUUAUGUGUGAAUUGGGGAAUGAUGUUAUAAAUCGUGUUUAUGAAGCCAAGCUGGAAAAGAUGGGAAUAAAGAAACCACAGCCGGGACAGAGACAGGAGAAAGAGGCAUAUAUCAGAGCAAAAUAUGUGGAGAGGAAAUUUGUGGAUAAAUACUCCAUGAUAUCAUCGCCUUCUGAGCAGGAGAAAAGGAUUAUUUCCAAAAGCUGCGAGGAACAGAGGCUGAGCCAAGUCAGGGCGUCUGUCCACACCGCAGUGGCUGCUGUAAAUAGCGACGAGGCCAGGCGGGAGUCUCUGUUCUGUCCUGAUGAGCUAGACUCACUCUUCUCCUACUUUGAUACUUCUUCAAAACUGCGUAGUAUCAAAAGUAACGACAGUGGGAUCCAGCAAGGCUCGGAUGACGGACGAGAAUCUUUACCUUCCACCGUGUCAGCCAAUAGCCUGUAUGAGCCUGAAGGAGAAAGACAAGAGUCUUCUGUGUUUCUUGACUCUAAACAUCUUAAUCCAGGACUUCAGCUUUAUAGGGCUUCAUACGAGAAAAACCUUCCCAAAAUGGCUGAGGCUUUGGCUCAUGGUGCAGAUGUGAACUGGGCUAAUUCAGAUGAGAACCAAGCAACGGCACUCAUCCAGGCUGUACUAGGGGGCUCUUUGGUGACAUGUGAGUUCCUCUUACAGAAUGGUGCUAAUGUAAACCAAAGAGACGUCCAGGGGCGGGGACCACUGCACCACGCCACUGUCUUAGGACACACAGGGCAGGUGUGUUUAUUCCUAAAGCGAGGUGCCAAUCAACACGCCACUGAUGAAGAGGGGAAGGACCCUUUGAGCAUAGCUGUGGAAGCAGCCAAUGCUGACAUAGUAACCUUGUUACGUUUAGCAAGAAUGAAUGAAGAAAUGCGGGAAUCGGAAGGACUUUAUGGACAGCCAGGUGAUGAAACUUACCAGGACAUUUUUCGUGAUUUUUCUCAAAUGGCAUCCAAUAAUCCAGAGAAACUCAAUCGUUUCCAGCAAGAUUCACAGAAGUUCUGAGCCUUUUAAAGAGGGGAAACUAUGAAAUUUGGUGAAUUACUAAUGUGUACAACCAAAAUCUUACACCUUUUUUUAACUGCUUUAAUUCUACUUGAUUUUAGUAGACAUUGAAUUGUUUGGAGAAAAAUGGUACCCAUUCAUUGGUAUUUUUGUAAAUGAAAACAGAUCUCUCAUGGUUGGGAAAGGGAGAAAUCCACUAUAAUUCCUCUUUUAUUUAAGAAGAAAAAGACUGUUUAACGGGUGUGCUUUUAUAUAAAGUUGUAUCCAGAUAUAAGCGAUCUCCUAAGUUCCGAGAUGCUUACACUGUUGGGCCCGUGUACCUUUGCCUUGGGUAGUGCCCUGCUUCUCCCCAGGAACACUCAGUCACUAUGUCUGCACCAAGUGGGAGCCAGUUUGCUUACCUGUAUCGAGGAUGUAUCUUUUCUACAGCUUCGCUGAUAAUUGUUGGUGGUUUAGAAAUAUGUACGUGUGUUUCCUGGUAGCUUAGCUGUGGUACUCACGGUAUAUGAUGUCAUUGCUAGGACUAGUGAGGAUGCCCCUCCUUUGCUCAGAGAUGCCAUUGCAUGUCAGGACUUUAGCAAACAUGGUGACUGUCCAGUAGACCACGCUUUAGUCUUUAGACUUAUUUCAUCUUGUGGUGCAAAGGAGCUCAUUCCGUUUUCUUCCUUCAGUCACCGCAAGACUCCCAGCUCAGUUUUUAUUGUUGGGUUGAUUUCCUAAAACCUUGAAAAGAUCAUCAGUGCAAUAAAACUGUAUUUCAGAAGUUGACUAUUGCAAAAUUGGGCUUUCACCAAAACACGGUGAUUUCAAAGAUAAUGUAGGUCAUUUUAUAUUUGGAAUUUAUCCAUUUUAAGCUAUAUAUAUGUAUAUUUACUAUUACUCCUGGUGAAAGAAAAAUCUCCAUGUAAAAGAAGAAAAAGCUAAUUUUUUUUCUGUUUAUACUAAAAUUUACCAGCAAUAAAUUCCUUUUAUUUUUUCUACAUUUAUCUUGUUUACUAUACAACAGUAUACAUUCUUUUAAAUUGUAUCCUGUAUAUAGCUUUAGAAUUAAGUAAAAUAUGUCAUUGACCUUUGAGUUCCAAAAUUACGAGUAUGUGAUACAGUUUGGUCAGAUUCCACCUCUGAUUGACACGUCUUGUCAAAGUAUGGAAUGAAUAAAUAAUUGCCUUGUGGUUCAUUUCCAGCACUGUUGAUGACAUUUAAUCUUUUAGAGAUUGUAUGUAAGUAGCAUUGAUACUCAGCUUCACAGAAACAUUUUUAAAUGUGUAUAUAUAUAUAUAUAUAAUUAUAGUCAAUUAAAUAAAAAAAUUACCAUUUCCCCCA